AUGCCAUUGGAGUCAGAAUUGCUCCUGGAUGGUAUAGUGGUUGUUUGGGUUUUGAUGCAAGAUGGCUGGUCGUCUCCAGGCUUUGAAGCAAACAACUGGUCUGCUGUUGAUGUGGUUGAGUUCACUGGGAAGUCUAUUCUUCCCCAAUCUUUCCCAUACGUUCGCUGCAUUGAAACAGUUAAGCCCCGGGAGAUCUUCACCACUCCCACUGGAAGAACUAUUGUUGACUUUGGUCUCAAUUUGGUGGGCUUUGUGAGAAUCACGAAAACAUCUGCACCCGAGUCACACACCAUCGUGUUGCGCCAUGCUGAGGUCAUGGAAAAGGGCGAGCUUGGAGUUAGACCAUUGCUUCUGGCAAAGGCUACCGAUGCCUAUACAUUCAAAGGAGACCCCGAAGGUGAAACGUGGGCUCCCAGAUUCACCUACCACGGCUUCAGGUAUUGCGAGAUCAACAACUGGUAUGGUGAAUUGACCAAGGACUCAAUUGAGUUGGUUGUUAUAAGCACAGAUAUGACUCCAGUUGGAACUUUCGAAAGCUCCAAUACCAUGGUAAAUCAGCUUCAUGCCAACGUAGUUAGAAGCAUGAGAGGGAACUUUCUUGGGUUGCCAACAGAUUGUCCUCAAAGAUCGGAGAGACUUGGCUGGACGGGUGAUAUUGCUCUGUUUUCUCCGACUGCAUGUUUUCUGCUUGAUUGUGCUCCUCUUCUCAGGAACUGGCUACAAGAUGUGAGUGCUGAGCAAAAGGAACACGAUGAUGUUCCGCCACUGGUUGUUCCCGAUAUAGGUGGAUUUCUCCUCAGUGAAAGCGAGGGGUGUGCUGUCUGGGGGGAUGCUGCGGUUUUGGUUCCCGAGGCAAUCUACGAUGAAUACGCCAAUCCUCAAAUCCUCGAGGAACAGUUCCAGAGUAUGGUUGAUUGGGUUAAAGCUAUUCCAAAACUCGAGGGCAAAGUGCGCUGGCGUGAGGUGAUCAUCCAGUUUGGAGAUUGGUUGGACCCAGCUGCUCCUCCACAGAACCCUAGUUUGGCGCUUACCGAUACCAGGCUCGUGGCUGAUGCUUUUCUUUACAAGAUCCUCACCGUUUUGAUCAAAACCUCUGAGACCCUGGGGAAACGCAAGGAUCUGGAAUAUUACACCUCCAUGGCCGAAACAUGCAAGAAGGAUUUUGCUGACGAGUAUCUGACUGUUUCUGGAAGGUCCGUUUCCGAUACCCAGUGUGCCUAUGCCCUGGCUAUCUGUUUCGAUCUUUAUGCCAACCAAAACCAGGUUGACCGUGCAGGUAAGAGAUUAGCCGAAAUUGUCAGAAAGGGCAAGUUCAAGAUUGGAUCUGGAUUUGCAGGAACUCCAUAUAUCACUCAGGCUUUAACCAAGACUGGAAACUCAGACUUUGCCUACAGACUGUUGUUGCAAACUGAAUGUCCCUCCUGGUUGUAUGCCGUUUCUAUGGGAGCAACCACUAUAUGGGAGCGUUACGACAGUAUGCUACCAGACGGAUCUAUAAACCCCGGCAAUAUGACUUCCUUCAACCAUUACGCCUUGGGGUCUGUUGCAAGUUGGAUGCACUCGACGAUUGGUGGUUUGUCCAAAUCCGAACCAGGUUGGAAGAGUUUCAAGGUUGAGCCUAUUCUCGGUGGUGGGUUCACUCAUGCAAAGGUGGCCCAUCGUUCUCCUUACGGGUUGAUCAGUGUUUCAUGGAAACUGGAUCGUCUCAAUUUCUCAAUUCAAGUUACUGUUCCACUGAACUCUUCUGUCGAGAUUGUCUUGCCAAAUGGCGAAAAUUACCAAACUGGUUCUGGAACUUGGUAUUUCAACUGUGUUUUGAGGGAAGAAGAUCUGGUGGACACAGUUAUUCAAGCCGAGAAGGAUGAUAUCACUUUUAGGUUCUGA